AUGAUGAAGUACAUCCUUGUAACUGGUGGAGUCAUCUCAGGCAUCGGCAAAGGCAUCAUUGCGAGCAGUGUGGGCACAAUCCUGAAGUCAUGCGGCCUGCAUGUUACUGCCAUCAAGAUCGACCCUUACAUUAACAUUGAUGCGGGCACAUUUUCACCCUAUGAGCAUGGGGAAGUGUUCGUGCUGGAUGACGGGGGUGAGGUGGACUUGGAUCUGGGGAACUACGAACGCUUCCUCGACAUCCGGCUGACCAGAGACAACAACCUGACCACUGGCAAGAUCUAUCAGUCGGUCAUCAACAAAGAGAGGAGGGGAGACUACCUGGGCAAGACUGUGCAGGUGGUGCCGCACAUCACUGAUGCCAUCCAGGAAUGGGUCGUGAAACAGGCCAGGGUACCGGUCGAAGACGACGAUGUCGAACCUCAAGUUUGUGUAAUAGAGUUGGGAGGCACGGUUGGAGACAUAGAGAGUAUGCCUUUCAUCGAGGCCUUCAGGCAGUUCCAGUUUAAAGUGAAGAGAGAGAACUUCUGCAACAUUCACGUCAGUCUGAUACCACAGCCCAGCGCAACAGGAGAGCAAAAGACCAAACCAACACAGAACAGCGUCAGAGAGCUCAGAGGACUGGGUUUGUCCCCUGAUCUGAUCAUGUGUCGCUGUUCCACCUCUCUGGAGAACUCUGUCAAAGAAAAGAUCUCCAUGUUCUGCCACGUAGAACCCGAACAGGUCAUCUGUGUGCACGACGUGUCAUCCAUCUACAAAGUGCCGCUACUGCUGGAGAAACAGGGCGUGGUGAGCUACCUGAGCAGGAGACUGAACAUGCCCAUAGAGACUCGACCCAGGAAAAUGCUGACUAAAUGGAAGGAGAUGUCAGACAGGUCAGACAGACUGCUAGAGCAGUGCUCGAUAGCUCUGGUUGGGAAGUACACCAAGUUUUCCGACUCCUAUGCUUCUGUUAUCAAGGCCCUGGAGCACUCAGCCCUGGCCAUCAGCCAUAAAUUGGAGGUUAAGUAUGUAGACUCAGCGCAUUUGGAGCCUAGCACUCUGCAGGAGGAACCAGUGAAAUACCACGAGGCAUGGCAGAAACUCUGCAGUGCUGAUGGCGUCCUGGUUCCAGGAGGUUUUGGUGUCAGGGGAACUGAAGGGAAGAUUCAUGCCAUCAACUGGGCCAGGAAUCAGAAAAAACCCUUCCUAGGUGUGUGUCUUGGGAUGCAGUUGGCUGUAUGUGAAUUUGCCAGGAACACGCUCGGGUGGACAGAUGCCAACUCAACUGAAUUUGACCCAGAGUCAAAGCAUCCUGUGGUGAUCGACAUGCCCGAACACAACCCCGGGCAGAUGGGCGGAACCAUGAGGCUCGGGAAGAGACGGACCAUUUUCAAGACCAACAACAGCGUGCUGCGCAAGCUUUAUGGAGACGCAGAAUAUGUGGAUGAAAGGCACAGGCAUCGCUUUGAGGUCAAUCCUGAGCUCAAGAGUCAUUUUGAAGAGAAGGGCUUCCGCUUCGUAGGUCAAGACGUCGAAGGGGAAAGAAUGGAAGUCAUCGAGCUGGAUGAUCAUCCAUAUUUCGUUGGAGUGCAGUAUCACCCUGAGUUCACUUCCCGCCCUAUGAAGCCUUCACCUCCGUAUCUUGGUUUGCUGCUGGCUGCAGCCGGGAAGCUGCAGAGCUACUUACAGAAGGGCUGCCGUCUGUCUCCACGGGAUACAUACAGCGAUCGGAGCGACAGCAGCAGCCCAGACUCUGAGAUAUUGGAGUUGAAAUUGCCUUCCAUCUCAAACGAAUAACUUAGGUACACAAUACAAUAAAAUUUUCCAUGUUUUCAUUUGCAAAUUCAGUCCUUACCAGCCACAUGCAAUUCCAACACGAUCCAGAGUUGGGUGAAUGAUACCAAAAGUUUCACUCCUGCGAACAGCUCAGUAUUGUGUGAGGACGUCCGAACAGGUAAACAUAACUGGUGCUCACUUUGGUUAUUGGAUCACAUUGCUAUUGCUAAAUAUAAUUAUUCAAUCUGCAUGGACUGUAUAAGUAAAGCCAACACAUCUGGCUUACUGUUGUAUAGGUCAUAAGCCCCAUGUUAGUGGACAUGGGCCAAAUUACUGUCAUUUUACAGCUAUGAUCACAGUAGUGCAUGUUGGUUUUCCUGAUUAGUUUUUGUCCUGGAUGUUUUGACUUAACUUGUGGUUUUGUCAUACAAAUUCAAUACCAUGUAUCAAACACAUGUAUAUAGUUUGUUGCUGUGCACCAUCGGAUGAAAUGUGCACUGUAUGACACAUGGUAAGGUUUCCACCUUAUAAAAUCAUUGAUCAUAUGGAAUGUUACAAGCUCUGAACUCAAGAGCCUAAGCAAUUGACUUUCUACAGUAGACAUUGACUUGUCAUAGUAGGGAAAGCACAGCUAUUGAUAAAAGAGCAAGUGUCCCAAUAAGCCAUUUCAUUGAGUCAGCAUGCACAUCACCAGGGCCUCCAGUGCUUUUCCUGCUAUGACCUGUCGGCAUGAGUUUAAAGUCCAUGGUACACCUCAGCUUGAAAACAUGAGGCUCAGGAAUUGAGACCACUUUAUAUUAAGUACAAGAUGUCUACUUCAACACUAUUGUGGCCUUAUUGUAAAUUUCCUACUGGAACUACCACCAUUUACUGUUUUCCCCAACCAUGUGAUGCAAGACUCAAGUAAAAGAUUCCCAAAAAGUUGA